AUGGUGGUGCUGGUUAUGCUGGUGCCAUCAUUACUCCACAUUAUGAUUCUCUAUUAGUAAAAGUUACUUGUUGGGGAAAAACUUACGAAAUUUCCAGACGAAAAGUUAUUCGUUCUUUAACUGAAUUUAGAAUCCGUGGUGUAAAAACAAACAUCCCUUUUUUACUACGUUUAUUAACUCAUAGUGCCUUUGCAAAUGGUGAAGCAUGGACAACUUUCAUUGAUGAUACUCCUGAUCUUUUUAGACUGGUAGAAAGUAAGAAUCGUGCUCAAAAAAUUUUGAAAUAUUUGGGUGAUGUAGUUGUUAAUGGGAGCAGUAUUAAAGGUCAAAUU